AUGGCCCGGCCGGUCCGCCAGGAAGAGCUCGUGUCCCUGCUGGAGUACCUAUCCACACAUCUCCCAGGUUCUAUCAGGGUGCUGAACAUUGCCCAGAACCUGGUAGAAGGCCGGUGUGACAGUCAGCAGUUCUGGGUGGAUCAGUGGCCGCACCCUCGGGCCAUCCUUGUUACUAUCGUACCCGGAAAGUUCGCUCGAAAUCGGGUGGAGGUCUGGGCUCUAGACUCCGACUGCCUCAAAUGGCUACUCGAGCAUGUCAUCGACUGGACACAAGAUGUGUUUGUCAUAGGAAUACAGUUAAAGUUCAAACGAACCCUGUUAUCCUGCGUUCCUCAGCCUGACAAGAUAACCUUCAGCGCGGAUGAUCAGACCGUCUUCUUGUGGCCGGCCGGCCGACAACCACCAGAUAAUGUAGAGCUUCCAGAGGGACUGCGUCUGGGAAGGCUCCGCCCUGAACAUGCCGCGACGGUCACAGCCAACUGGCGUCACGCCACCAACCCCGCCAAAACCCGAAACUUCAUCAUCUGUUUGAUUCAGAACUUCCACAGCAGCUGUCUUUUGGAUGAACACGGAACAAUGGUCGGAUACUGCGCCCAGUACCACUACGGAGCCAUCGGCUUCCUCCACGUGGAGCCUGCAUAUCGGCGCCGUGGUCUGGCCACAAUCAUGUUGAAGGACAUGAUCCGACAGAUCGCGGACACGGGUAGACAGCCUUAUCUAUUGGUCGAAUCGUACAAUACUGCCUCCAUGGAUCUAGUAUCCAAGCUUGGAUUUCAAAUGUUUGAAAAGCCACUUUGUUUUGCUGUUUGGAAAGCAAGUUAA